CAAGUACGGUCACACGGCUAUUAAAUGUGUGCGUGUGUAUUCCUCAGAAUUGAAUAAAAAAAAAAAAAAUACAAACAAUUUCCUUAAACCCAAACAGUGCGACACCUGGGCAUUAAGUCAACAAAAAGUAUGUCUGCCUAUUACAAUCUAUACACUGGCGACUACGAUGACGAGUCUAUCGGCGAUGAACGCAGCGAGGAAGAUACGGACGACGCCAGUGAAACGGAGUUCCGUAGUGCUCAGCGGUACGGCGGCACCAACGGCACCACGAAUACCAACAGUAUGGGCAGCAAUAGCGAGCUAAAGGAGCAGAUGUACCAGCAUAAGUUACUCAACCUUCAGAAACAGAUGGAGGAACUGAAUCAGCUCGUCCACCCAGAGUACGUGAAGAGAUUAAAAAAGCUGGACACCCAACUGAAAGAACGACGGAGACUGAACGAAAUCUAUAAAGAGUAUAUGAGGGAGUGCGUCGAAAGGGACUAUAUACUGGAGAAGAAGGCCGCCCAGAAGGAGUACGACGAGAAAAUGAUGGACCUGAAGGACAAUCUGAUAUCGGACUUUGAAGACCGCAAGCGACAGAUCGAAAACGAGCGCUACAGCCUUGAACUGACCAAUGAUUCCAUGGAAAUUAAGACGACGGUCACCCGGAAGCUGCGAAGGCGACCCAACGAGCCCCUUCCCGUGAUCGAGAAACGAAGGAAGCCCGCCACAGGACAGCUUCUGGUCUACCAGCUGGACGAUAAGGAAAUCGAAUCCGAUCUCAAGAUUAUCCAGCGUGGCAAGCCCUUGGCACCCAGUGCCCUCCAAAAUGGACUCAGCUCCUAUGCCCAGAGCCAGCAACAGCAGCAAGUGCAUGGUCUUCUGCCCGAGUCCCCGGUCAGUAGUGGUGGCUAUGUGGAGACCCGAAUCGAGGACAAUAAGCUGCUGUAUGAGCGAAGGUGGUUUUGCCGAGGGCAGCAAGUCUACGUGGAAGGCAAGGAUAUGAGCAAGUUUGCUGCAACCAUUACCGCCAUUGGCAACGAUGUGGUAUGGGUGAAGCGAACGAACGAAAGUAAAGUCAAGAUCAAUAUGUCGCACCUGGCAAAAGGUAAAAUAUCGAUAAAGCGACGAUAGUUACGGAUCCAUCAAUAGGCCUACGACGAUCGAGUCGUAGGUCGCUUUUAAUCCAGAGGGCCGCGAGAGAGUAUUCUCGUAGCCUGAUCAUUGUGUGCACAGAAACUUAGGUUAAGCAUAAACAAAUUUUUAAAUUUAAAAACUCAAAUUGUAAAUAAAACCAAUGCUUUUAUCAAAA